UGUUACACAUACUAUUCAAUAGAACAACAGCUUGGACCGUGUGCGCAGAAGAAAAUUCUUUUAAUGGACUAUCUAUCGAGAAAAACAACAACAAUGGAAAUCCUUAAGAAAAAUAACAAUUAUUCUUUAAUUAGCCUCAACAUGUCUUUCUGCACAGGAAGUGUUUUCCGCUUGGCCACCAGGAGGCACUGUUCGUGACCGGCAAGGCCGAAAAGGACUCGCCGACCACCGUCGUUGGCGUGUAUGAUGUCGGCAAACUGGAAUACAGCGCACUCCGAGAAUUAGAGGUGAUCUGCAAUACAAACGUAUUGUUUUACGAAGCAGAAGACAGAUCAGUGGUCAUGGAAAUAAACCGGAAGUUGCACAUUUUCGAACUUGAAAUGAUGGACGUCUGUGUCGUGUUUCCGGGUAUUGUCUCGAGAAAGAGAGUCCGCAUCGUAACCAAACGGAAGCAACUCCUGGUGACGUCACGUGGUGGCAAGAACGUGAAACUGUACAACAUCACAAACGGCUGCGUUGACGCCAUAAUAAAAACUGGAUACACAACGGAUAUUAACGAUGUUGUGGUGAAUGAUCCGGGUACGCUGGUCGCAGUGGGCGUGGACGAGGGACCCAUAGUGUUGAUGGACCUUGUCACUUACUCUCGCAUGUAUGAGAUCUCAAACAGCGCCCGGUAUGGUGACUACUUUGCCUCCUACAUGUUGUUUACCAGAGACAGCACGCGCUUGUUGUUCAGCGCAGAUAAAGGCUUGGAAUCAGGCGAGCAGCGUUCAGACGAUGUAGAUCAUCUAUUCUGCUGGGACAUUGAACACAAUAAGGAAAUAUAUGAGCUGUGCGACACAGAGACACAGAUGCAGUACGAGAAAGUUAAAAGCGACGGAAGUACGAGCAUGGAAGGGUGUUAUCUUCUUGACGACAACCAAAUCGUGACCACGUGCUUCGACAAUGUUGUCCGAGUGUACGACGUCAAAUCAGGCAAGCUACUGCACCGGUUGACAGGCCACAAGACGUCGGUGACGUUAGCGCUAAGUGGCGUCACGCCCUACUUCCUGACGUAUGGCUCGCAUGCGGAAGAGAACUGCAUCUUCCUGUGGAACAAAGUCACGUGCUCUCGGGUCGCCACCUUCACGCUGGACGAGCGGGUCAAUACCAUCCACUGGAGCGAUGAUGGAACGUUUUUCUACACUACCAUAAAUGGCGUCUGGGAACAUAAGGUUGCUGAAGUCAUUACGUGGACUAUUCACCAUGGAAACGAACCCACAACGAGGCCUGAGGUUAAAAAAGUCUCCAGAUAUAUUCAAACGAAGCAAACCUGUCCCGUGUGACGAUUAAUGCUCCUGAAAAAGUUGAGAAGGGCUAUCAACCGGAAGUGGGAGAUCCCGACACGGACGAUGAGUUCUUUACUGACCAAGACUAGUUACUUCUAAUUUUACAUUAUUAUUGGCGUCGCUCUGGAGAGCGGCGACUAGUAUGGAAUGCUUUUUUUUCGCUUAUGGGAGGAGAAGUUAUUUUACGGAUUAAUGUAUAUAUUUUUGUUUUAAGAAUAUCUUGCAUAGUGGUGAUUUUUUUGUGUAAAUUAUUGUCAAUAAGUACUGCAUUUGUGCCAAUUACAUUUAUCACAACAUUUAUUGUCAAUAGUGCAAAGCUAAAUGUUUUAAUUGAAAACUUAUCCACAACUGAUCACAGGGGAAAGAUCACAGGGACUGGGCAAAUACGCGAAACUUUCUGGUUUUUUAUACAAACAAAACUGAAUCAAAAUAUAGUUAUUAUGUGUUUUUUCUAAUUUGCUUAUUUAGUGGAGAAUCAAUGUAGUACGAUAUUUGACGACCUAUCGCGCAAGCAAGAUUAUUGGAAGGCGUAGUGUUACGAAAACGUACAAUGUAUUAGUUUAUGAAAAGACAUAUACUAACGAUCGGUAUACACAACUUCACCAAAUAGCAGUAUAUAAAUGAUGUCAGCCAGAUUAGCUCUGUUGGACUGAAGUUGUUUACGCAUCAAUGAUCUAGAGGUCCCCGGUUCAAUCCCGGGUUCCGGCACGAACGGAACAGUUCGACGACUGAAAUUUUUUUUCAGUCAGGUUAAUAAAUUUAAUAAAGCUUUAUUUUAUGUAGACAUUUUAAAAUCCAUUUUACUACAAUUGGACAUUUUUAUUAAAAUUAAUGGAUGCCGCCUGGUGACAACGUUAAUUAGUUUUUUUUACAUCACUUAAAUAUCUUAUAAAAAUUACACGUGUUUUUAUAUUAACAAAUAAAUGCAAACAACACA